AAUCACAAAUCAGCUGAAUUGUUAAAGGCCAGAAGUUGUAGCAGACUUUUGUUGCAUGUCAGAAGGGGAUUAGUAUGAACUUACUAAGGAAAAGUUAAGACAAUGGGGAGUUUAGAUGGAUUUAAUGGUGGUGUAGGUGAUUUUGUGGAAGGAAGAUUAGCAGAGCAGAAGGUGGUUGAUGGUAAAUUGUUUCCCAAAGUUUUCUUGCCUGCAAAUGAUGUUGAGAGGGAAGAUGUUCAGGCCUUGGUACAAAAGAUAAGAAGCAACAAGGCAUGGUUGGAAGAUGAAGUGGUGAAAAGCAAUACUCUGCUCUUUAGAGGAUUUCCUGUGAGGUCUGCUGAAGAUUUCAAAGUGGUUGUUGAAGCUUUUGGAUGGGAAGAACAGCAGUAUCUUGGGUUUUCCCCAAGAACAAAAAUUGUUGAUAGAGUUUUCACUGCCAAUGAGGCUCCCUUGCAUCAUCAGAUUGAUUUCCACCAUGAGAUGUCUAUGAUGAAAGACUGGCCCUCUAAGCUGUUUUUCUUCUGUGAGACUGCACCUCCAGAAGGUGGUGAAAGUGCUAUAGCUCCAAGCCAUCUCAUUCCUCCACUUAUGGAAAAAACUGUACCAGAGUUUGUAAAAAAAGCUAGGGAAUUUGGAUUGCUCUUCAAGAUAACAACUCCAAGCCAAGAUGUUCCAAAUUCCCUCAUCUCCAAGUCAUGGAAAACUAUGCUUAACACUUCUGAUCCAGAAGAAGCAAAGAAAAGAGCUGCAGACAUACUAGGUUGCAUGCAUUUUGAAUGUCAUGAUGACGGGACCGCAGGUUUUAAACUUGGACCUUUGGAAAUCAUUAGAAUGUUAGAAAAGGAGAAAGGAAAGGAGGUGUGGUUCACCACCAUAGCAGGGUAUGGUCAAGGAAGCAAGAACCAAUUGCUUAUGUUGGGAGAUGAGUCUACUAUUCCUAUUGAAGUUGUGGAAGCAUUCAAGAGCAUCAUGGAUGAGCAAUGUGUGAACUUGAAGUUGAAAGAUGGGGACGUGUUGUUGUUGAACAACCUUGCUGUUCAACAUGGAAGGAGGCCAUCUAAACCUCCUAGAAAGGUCCUAGUUUCUGUGUGCAAAUAGUUCAUAAAUUAUUUGACAAUCUUAAAUCGAUAUCUAUAGAUAACUAUUUCUUAGAUAAAUUUGAGCUCAAUAUGAAUGUGUAGAGCUCCAUGCAAGAAAUAUUGAUAGUAAUGCUAAGAAAAGAGUGAAUUCCAUGUAGAAAAGAAAUCAUUGUCAUAGAGUGACAAAGCUAACUAGUUUUUAAAGUUUAUACUAGAUAAGAAAAAUUUUAUUCU